ACAAUCAAGCAACGUUGUAGCAGUAUCAUUACCAAUGUCAACGUCAAAAAUAGUAAAUUACCUCAGAAAAGACGAUAUUUAUACUUCAUUUGCUACCACUCGUAUGGAAGUAAUCCAAUAUUUCUGUGAUGUUGCAGAUAGUGUUGGUGCAAGAAUUGACUUUGCUACAAUAGUAGUAGCAAGAUUGAAUCCAUUACCUUCACCGGCUCUGAACAUAAACCUUCCUAGUAAUACUAUUAAUGCCAUAAGAACACAUAAGGAUCAGAUAGCUGUCUACAUGUUAAACACUUUGGAACUUUCUCUUGCUACUCUCGGUACUUCUAUUAUUUUGGUGUUCGGCGGAGAAUUUAUUGCACUUGGUGCAGCUGCAAUAGCAGCUGUUGUUGCUAUUAUCGAUCUCUACUUCCUCCUCUAA